AUGGCCAUAAUCCGGAUAUCGUUACUCUUGCAAGUGGGUUUUGUUAUAGGAUCGAAUUAUAGAUAUGUGGAAUAUGAUCGGGACCUAAAAGCAAAGCUGCCUAUUUAUAAUACGCACAACUACCAGCAAGCGCACCUCCGGAAGCCCCAUUCGGGUUUAGCGCAGAAGACCGAGGAACAGGUACCCAGAGUGGUGAGUGCGUUUCUGCACACGGGGGAUUCCUCCACCUUAAAUCACGGCAACUGUUCAAGGAGAUAUGAGCUGGCGGUGUUGCGGGGAAGGACACGCGGAGACCCGCAUCAAUCCAUGCGCAGCGUCCUGGACACGGUCCUUCACGCCACAAACUUCCUUAACAUGAUCCUACAAACGAACAGGUCCAGAGAUCAUAGCCCCAGACGCGAUAUGGAGUGGUACCACGCUCUGGUCAGGAGUAUCCUGGAGGGAGACACCAAGAUCCAUCGAGCAGUGGUCACCUUGAGCACCGAGUCCCCUCCUGAAGGGCCACCUGUUUACCUUCAGGCCACACGGGCAGGUGGAGAGAUCAUUCUCCAGGAUUUAUCUAGCACUGCCCACCAUAUACUGAAGAACAGAACGGCUGAUACCGAGUGGUACCAUGAGCAUAAAAAUAAAAAGAAGACCCAUCUCCAAAAACGAGUGCUGAGUCAAGAUUUUGCCACUUUUGACGCGUCUGUGCGCAGUGGAGAAAGUUAUAUUACCGACAAAACUCAAAUUCACUGGUCAGCUCCGUAUUUGGAGUGUGAAAAUGGGAAUUUCAUUCCCAGAUGGCUCGUGACACUGUCUGCUGGCUUCUAUGGCCUUAAACCCAACCGGAAUCCAGACUUCAGGGGUGUUGUUCGAGUGGACGUCAGCCUGCAGGAUGUGGAUAUUGAUCAGUGCUCUGGAGAUGGCUGGUUUGCAGAUGCCUGGCCACACAGGUGCAACCUCACCACUAUGGAGUGUUUGCCAAUCCCAGGUCAUGGAUUUGUGCUGGACAAGUAUAAAUGUCACUGCAAAAGUGGCUUUUAUCAUCCAAGCAGAGUUGCAGUCAAUGGCUUUAAAAGGAAAGAAACUGGGAAGCGCAAGGAGAGUUUGCCACAUUACAGGGAUGUUCCAGAAAGUUCCAGUCACUGUCUGCCCUGCCAAGAAGGCUGCGCUUUCUGCAAGGACGACACGCCCUGUGUGGCCCGGGGUGACGGCGCCCUGCGUAUGGCGGUGCUCUCCUUCCAGGGCUUGUGCAUGCUGGUGGAUUUCAUCAUUAUGGUGCUGCUCUACCAUUUCCGCAGGAACAAGAGUAUCAGAGCAUCAGGACUCAUCCUGUUAGAGGCCAUCUUGUUUGGAGCACUCCUCCUGUACUUUCCGGUGGUGAUUCUGUACUUCCAGCCGAGUGUCUUCCGCUGUAUUCUACUACGAUGGGUUCGUCUGCUCGGAUUUGCCACUGUCUAUGGAACGGUCACUCUCAAACUCUACAGGGUCCUCAAGGUGUUCCUGUCUCGUACAGCCCAACGGAUCCCCUACAUGACCAGCUGGAGAGUGUUACGUCUACUGUGUGUCAUCCUGCUGAUUGUGUUAUGGUUCGCAAUAGCCUGGACCGCCGCUGUUUGUCAGAAUUCAAGCAGACAUCUCGCUCUCAUCAGUGUAGGCUUCACCACUGAUGGGCUACAGUUCAGCAUGUGUCUGCUGGACCGUUGGGACUACAUGAUAGCUGUGGCUGAGUUCCUGUUCCUCCUGUGGGGUGUGUAUCUGUGUUUUGCGGUGAGGACAGUCCCCUCGGCGUUUCAUGAACCACGCUACAUGGCCAUCGCAGUGCACAAUGAGCUCAUCCUCUCUGCCAUAUUCCACAUUUUAAGGUUCACUCUUGCCCCUGAACUGCACCCGGACUGGAUGUUGAUGCUAUUCUUUGCUCAUACACACUUGACAGUGACUGUCACUUUGGGGUUACUGCUUGUGCCAAAGUUCUUGUUUGCGGGUACACAUCUAAGGGAUGACAUUGCUACAGAGGCCUAUGAAGAUGAAUUGGACAUGGGCCGGUCAGGGUCAUACCUGAAUAGCAGCAUCACGUCCGCCUGGAGUGAGCACAGUCUGGAUCCAGAGGAUAUUCGGGAAGAGUUGAAGAAACUCUACUCCCAGCUGGAGAUAUAUAAGAGGAAAAAGAUGCUGGCCAACAAUCCUCACCUGCAGAAGAAACGCAGCUCCAAAAAGGGCCUAGGUCGCUCCCUCAUGCGCCGCAUCACUGAGAUUCCAGAGACAAUGGGCCGCCAAUGUAGCCGUGAGGACAAGGACCUGGUUGAACAUGGGAGUAACCGCAACAGCAUCUGUGUCUUGAGAAAGAACCCUUUCGAUCCUUCUCACUCUCUUAAACCUGCCAAAGAUGAAUCUUUGAAGAGCAAAGUUUUCUCCCUCAAAAAGUCCCACAGCAGUUAUGACCAUGUUCGGGACCACAGUGAGGAUUCCAGCAGUUCAGUAACUGACAAGAUGGAAGUCACAAACACGGAAGGCUCCCUUCUUGAAACCCUAAUGGGCAAGAAGUUGGUCAAAAAGUCCUCAGAGAAGAUUGAUGCAGCCAGUGAGUCAACAGAGUCUGUUCCCCUGGUGUGUAAGUCAGCCAGCGCUCACAACCUGACAGCUGAUAAGAAACCUAUUCACCCUAGAACAUCCAUGCUGCAGAAAUCUCUAAGCGUCAUUGCCAGUGCCAAAGAGAAAACUCUUGGUCUAACAGGAAAGGCCCAAGCAGCGGAGGAUCCAACCAAGAAGGCUAAUCAAAAGAACAAAGAUGCCAAGACCCCAACAGAAUCUGAAGAAAAUGAGGGUUAUCCAAAGAUGAUUGUCAGUCAGUCAGUGGAGUACAAGCAGACAGCUGCCAAAACUGGAAUAAUGAAGCAACAGAUGAGCGGAAGCCAGCCCUCAAUUUGCUCAGAAACAGCCAAGGGGAAAGACCUGUAUGACCUCUCAGAGGUGUGCCCAUGGGAAGUGGAGGACUUGCCAACUCCCUCCGAAAACAAGGUCCAGAAACAUGUGUCUAUUGCCCCUGAGCAGACCACCACAGUCCAUGGAAGUAGCAACAAGGCGACAAAGUCACAACAGCAAAAGCAGAAAGGCACAGAGCAGUCACCCUCCAUGUCCAAGCGUCCAACUCAGAAAGCUGCUGAUAGAGCAGACAUAUGUCCGUGGGAGGAAGGAAAUGAGGACCAUGGUCAGGCAGUGGGCCCAAAGCCUCACUCAUGUGUUAAGCCUGUCAUGUCCAAACCCCAUGCUUCUGGAGAGGUUGCCAAGGUUCUAAAAGCUGAUGUUUGUCCAUGGGACUUUGAGGAAGUGUUAAGCAAUCCAAAGGACACUCCAGGGGAUUGCUCCCCUGAUCAGAGCAGACCAAGAAAGGCCACCACACCAACUGAGAUCAAAGGGAAAAUAAGCUCUUCACCCUCUGAAGUCAAGGGCAAGGGUACAACGCCCACAGAGGGUAAAGCAAAGAGCAUUUUCUCAGAGCCUACUAAAUCCACAGGCAGUACACUACAGCCACCAUUUAAAGCAGAAGUGUGUCCAUGGGACUUUGAGACUGUGUCAGGUCCCAUCUCUGAAAUAAACCCUUGUUCUUCUCAGGUUUCUAAAACAAAGGAGACCCGUGCUAUAAAGAAGGGAACUUCUCCUGUGAGAAUAUCAGAGAUGGAGAGAGAGAAUGCUAAGGGUCCUGAUGAAGACAAAAUUAAAUCAAAUGCAAGAGACAAGUUAACCUCUGGAAAAACGAAAGAAAGACCUGUUAGCCAGUCUAAACUGGCUGAGGUUUGUCCAUGGGAUGCUGAUAGUAGUCAAGAAAUUGUCUCAAUGGAAAAACAGAAAAGCCCAAAUGUUGCAUUAGGAAAAAGCAAGCAAGCAGAAGUAUGCCCUUGGGAUUAUGAAGAUGCUGCAACUAGUAAAGAAGUCAACCGGAGCACCAGUUCAUCCGCUGGCAAACAGAAAAGUUCAAAUUCCAAAGGCAGAGUUACUAGUGGUCUUAAAAUGUCAGAUGUCUGCCCCUGGGACUUUGAUGACCAAGGAUCAACAAAAAAGGCAUAACACUUUACCUGAGAGAACCAUUAGUUAGUCCUCAUUAUAUGUGCUUUUUCUUUCAUAAAUACACCAUGGAAUGAAAACUCUAAUAGAAUUUAUGGUGAUUUGAAGAAGAAAAUUAACUUUGCACAAGCUGCCUUUCUCUUCAAUCUUUUGUUUUCCCUUUGUGUGUAUUAUUAUUAUUUUUUUUUAUUACUAUUACUAUUAUUAUUUGGAAUAAAAGGGAAAAACACACACACAAAAAAAAAAAAAAAAAAAAAAAAAAAUGCAACAACUCACCAGGCAUUCCAGAUUUUAAACUAUUGGUUGAACCUUUAAAUAGAAAUGGUAGUUUACAAUUAUGCAACUCUUUAUGUGCAAUGUAAACAAGAUGCCUAUGCUCACCACAUGUAUCCUCAUUAACAUUUGAACUGUCACAACAGCUGCAUCUGUAGCCUCUCCUUGACUGUGGCUUCCACAAAAGAUUGUACAAGUUCUUGUUAGAUAGGUGUGGACCAUGCAUGAAGUGUCAUGGAGUAAGCCUGAUCCAUUUCCUUGUUUUCAUUUGUUUUACAAAUUAUUAUCUGGUUUAAAUAAAAAUGAAUAUUUGCCAAAGAUAGAGGUAAAAUCUAAUAAAUCUAAGAACUCAAACCUCAACAACAUAAUAGAGACACAACAUUUGUACAGUGAGCCGAAUUCAUGUGGCUGCUAGAAAAUUAGCCUGUAGCACUUUAGUAAAGAACAUGCUUAGAGACACAGAUGUAAACUGGACAGAACUCCAUUCAUAUUUGCCCUUGUUUGUUGUUUGGCCUAGCUGUUUUAUGCCAUUCUGCGAUCAUAUGUGCACAUCUGCAAAAUUUUAAGUUAUCUAAAACGCUAGAAAAAAUUUAACAUUUCCAAUGCUUCCAAAUUUGCUGAUAUGUUAUCCUGAAUGUGCCUAUUUAAAUAGUCCCGUACCAGUCUUACUUUGUAUUGGGAGAUGUGAAACCUUUGUCAUAACCCACGUUACAAAACUUAUUGAAAUCAGCAUCUUAUUUUUGAAAAGAAAUGAAGUUUAGUUUAUAUAUUAGAAAUGUUGCAAAAUUGUAAAUGCUUUGAAAAAAGUGUGCUAUGAAAAAAAAGUCCACUACUUAGUUCAUGGGACCAUAGAUAUAAUUUAUCUCAGCGUAGGGCACAAUCAUUAAGAUUUACGCCUAUAAUGUCUUUCCUUUUUGUCUUUUACAAUUAGAACACUCAUGACAAUACAUGAAAUCAAAUUCCAGUCUAUCUCUUAUCAAAUUCCAACCUAAGCCUCAAUUUCUUUUAUAUGUAUCUGGUACCCUUAAACAUGAUGAUUACACCAGUUAACAAAUAAAAUCUUGCUCUUACCGUAUUUAUUUAUUUUUUUACAUUUAUCGAUUUCUAUCGAAACAUACCCAGUGAUCGCUGAUGUGAAUUCAAAUUACUGUUGGAAUGUUAACAUAUCUUGUAUGCCUUUUCAGCACAUGGUCAUUGGUAAUCUGUAAUGAUGUCAAGGUAAUGGUGUCACAACACGAGGCAUGAACUAUUGUACAGGUUGAUGCCUAGUUAUGAGAUGUUUGUAUAAAUGUCGGCAUAUUGCGAUCGCAAACUAUUUUGACCCAAACUUACAGUAGCUAAAUGGUUUUUAAAUGUAUUGACAGAUUCUUGUGUUUUGUAUGUGCACAAUAUAAAUUAGCAAGAAUACAGAAUAAAUGGUUUUGCCAUGUAUAGAUGUUAUAGCUACCAAAGAGGUUAAAACAUUUCCCUAAAUAUAUCAUUCUUGGCAUUGUGUGAAAUCAAAUGACGUCCCAUUUCUCCAGAGUGGGGUAAUGUAUCAAUGACCUCUGGUCACAAUUUAACUUACAAAACUAAAAUUAUCUUUCCAUGCUCAUAUUUACAUUGGUCAUUCCUCUUCGGCAGUAUUUAUUUUUAUUUUUUUUAUAUAUAUAUAUAUAUAUACUUUCUUUCACCAGACUUUCAGAAAUAUGCUCUGGUAAAUGGUAUAUAAAAUGUCUUGCCAAGUAGGAAUGACCCAAGUAGUAUUGACUACAAAGCGGUAACCAAGAGAGAAUCACCACUAUCCCUGAUUUAUGUAAUCUGCCAGAAUUUCUAAGCCCAAAUUUCUACUUUUCUCAUCAAAAUAUGUGCUCAUGGAUUUUUAGGCACACUAAAGGGAACUUUCAGCAACCUGUAGUUCAACUGCUCCUUAACUGUCUAGUUAUCUCAUACUCUAGAUGCCUAGAUGGAUGUGUAAAAUUGACCAACUUUGUUACAUAGAGAAUGUUUCUGGGAAUGGUUGUUGUAUCGUAAUGCAUCCCUCUAGUUUACGAGUUUUACCCAUCUGCAGGUCCUCAGUUGACCUCUAUGUAGUAUGAUGUAAGCACUCAACCCAUGACCUGUAAAUGUUAAUGGUAACCUUGCCUAUUACAUUGUCUUAGUGCAAUGUUUAGUUCAAUUUUUGGAGUUUACAGAAGUGAUUAUUUAUCUAUUUAUGACUUGAUUUUGGUUAUUUAGCUUGUUUACUUGGGCCCUACGCGUGUCCCACAACUGUCACAGCUUGGGGGGACACUCCUACUACUUAACGCGGUAUUGUCUUAGCUCUAACUCUCAUUGCUUUUGCAUGAUAAUGAGAAAUUAGUAAGACUGGUGUUUCACUGCCCUUGAUAGAACUUAAAAAAGAAUCUUUGAUCUUUAUUGGACUGUUACAAGUUGUAUAGUGAGUGAAACUGUACCCUACCCACUGUAUUAUGUGCUUGUUAUAUUAAACGCUCUAUGACAAGCUUAUAGCAUACACAUAUGGAUAUAUUUGGUAGAUUUAUAUUGUGUAAUAUUGUGAUAGCAUGUACAUAAAAAUACCUCCUCUGCAAUAAAUAUUUCUACAAAAUGC